AUGCAGGAUGAGAAUGCCAGGGGCACAUCUACGCAAGGGGUGGAGCGCACGGCUGCCAGAACUCCGCCCCGUGCGCGCGCUCGCGCGCGCGUCCCCGGCAUUGGCGUCGUAGUCGUCGUCGUCCCGGUCCUCGUUCUCCCUGCCAGCUCUCGGCAGUCCCCCAGCCGCCCCCGGCCCUCUACACCCACGCCCUCUCGGGCCCCGCCGCCCGCAGCCCUGGCGCUCCCCGCUGGUCCCGCCGAGGCCGCCUGCGCCCUGUGCCAGCGCGUGCCCCGGGAGCCAGUGCGCGCCGACUGCGGCCAUCGCUUCUGCCGGGCUUGCGUGGUGCGCUUCUGGGCCGAGGAGGACGGGCCUUUCCCGUGCCCCGAGUGCGCCGACGACUGCUGGCAGCGGGCAGUGGAGCCCGGCCGUCCACCGCUCAGCCGCCGGCUGCUGGCGCUCGAGGAGGCGGCUGCGGCGCCCGCACGAGACGGGCCGGCCAGCGAGGCCGCGCUGCAGCUGCUGUGCCGCGCCGACGCCGGGCCGCUGUGCGCCGCCUGCCGCAUGGCUGCUGGCCCCGAGCCGCCCGAGUGGGAGCCGCGUUGGAGGAAGGCCCUGCGUGGCAAGGAGAACAAGGGAUCUGUGGAAAUCAUGAAAAAAGACUUGAACGAUGCCCGGGACCUACAUGGCCAAGCAGAGUCAGCGGCUGCCGUAUGGAAGGGACAUGUGAUGGACCGCAGGAAGAAGGCCCUGACUGACUACAAGAAGCUUCGGGCCUUCUUUGCUGAAGAGGAGGAGCACUUCCUGCAGGAGUCUGAGAAAGAGGAGGGGCUCCCAGAGGAUGAGCUGGCUGACCCUGCAGAGCGGUUCCGGUCCCUGCUUCAGGCCGUGUCGGAGUUGGAGAGGAAGCACCGUAACCUGGGCCUGAGCAUGCUGCUGCAGUGAUGGCGCAGACCCUGCAUGGUCCCCUGGAGCCCAAGGCAGAGGGGAUGAUCCUCACCUCCGUGGGAACCGUUAGCUGUAGACUGGAGAGGCAUCUCCAGUGCCCCCCCACCCCCCCAAGUUGUUCUGGAUCAUUACAUGUUUCAACACAGUGUUCCUUUUCCCUUCUCCUUGAGGUGUGGAUGUUUCUGGGGCUGUAGAGAUUUCCACUAGUGGCUAGUCACUCCCCUACCUGCACUUGGCCCCUGCCCAGGAUCUGGUCACACAGCUUAUUCCUCCAUCAAAGACUCUGUCAGGACCCUGAGGCCUAUACCUUCCUCCCAUGUCACCAAAUGGCCUCAGUACCUGGUACAUGGGGACCUUGCUUUGGUGUCAAGGGAACCAAACCCCACACCCUGCAAACAGUGCCCAGGAGGGGGCUGUUCCUCGGACACACAUCCCCAGGUAGGGCCCUGAGGAACACUAGUAGGGGUCCCUUUGGGGGUGAUUGUCCAAGAGAGGGAGCCACGGGGCCUUGGGAUGUGCUUGCAACCCAGCUCUUCAGGGAAGAGAAAGAAAAUGCAACAUACUUGCCCCCUGGACAGAGGAUCCCUCCUGCCCUUGGGGUGGGUGUGAGCCUAUAGGGCUACCCAGGAACCCUCUCUGCUCUCAUCCUUCCUCUCUUGCAGGGUCCCCCUUUCCUGGCUCCCCUGCAAGGGUCUCCAGGUCCUGCCAUGGGAUUUCAUCUAGUUAUUCUUAGGCUUGUUCUUUGUAUUUCCUCUAGUAGAUGAAUCUUGGAAAACUCGUGACGUAGCAGUAGCACAGUUGCCUGCAGCAUCUUCAUGUGUAGAUUAAUUAGUCCAGUUCACAAAAACUCAGCACAGGGUAGACAGAAACACAGGUCGGGGAAAUAGAUGUGGGCAGACAUUUAGAUUCGGGCACGUUUGGGGACAACUGGGCCACAGGUUUCCCAGCCCUCGGGUUUCCCAGUCCUCAGUAGUCCCUAUAGCCUUGGUGCAAUAGCUGUGAGUCUGAGCUGCCUGGCAUGUGGGCUGGGCUCUCGAUGCCAAAUAAAGUGGGUUUGCUCCA